UGUAAUUAAAGGCAGCAACAAUCCACUUCCUCCAUAUCCCUAUCACACCACCUCGCCUUGCCUCAGAAUUCAGAAACGAUAUCAAAAACAUGCUCUGUAACGCGUGUAUUGGCCUGGGUGAAUCGAUCGAUGAACUCUUUGUUGCUGAGCCCUUCUAUCACCCCGGAGUAAUUGACGUUGAUGAGGUUCACAAAAGAGACGGCCCGCAAGCCAAAGGUUACCGUCACCAUGUAUCAGUCUCCAGCCUGGAACAGGCUGCAAAAACAGGCUGUGAACUAUGCCACUUGCUUGUUGGAGAAAAGGGGCUCUCCUUGUGUGGAAACGAGACAACCUUCGAGCUCAAUACAGGUCCGAUUUAUGCACGUGGCCUGGAUGGUCGAAAUGGUCCCCAGUGCCAUGAUACCUCGAAGAUACUUUUCUAUCAGAGUAACCCCGGCUAUGCUCCAGGCAUACUAAGUUACAGUACCAGCUUGGACAUUUACGCCUAUCCAGAUGAUCCAGCUUCCAGAUCCGGUUUCAUUAGAGGAGAGCCAGUGGAGUCUGAGUUGUCAUCGAGAUCCUACGCCAAGGCCAAAACGUGGAUUCAAGACUGCAUUGCGUUCCAUCCGCGAUGUCGUUAUUCAUCAAAAGUUUUUCCGCCGCGGGUCAUUGAUGUCGGCGCCACCGAUGGAUCUGAGGAUCCACGACUUAUCAUCGAUGACACUUUGAGAGAUCCUUGGGUAGCUUUGUCUCACUGCUGGGGAGGUGGCAUCUCUUCAGCCACUCUGCGCUCAAACAUUGACAUGAGGUUGGAAGGCCUACCCUUGUCUCAUCUCCCUGCUAACUUCCGAGACGCGAUCACGAUUACGAGAGAGCUUGGCUAUCGGUACUUGUGGGUAGAUGCUCUUUGUAUUAUCCAGGACUUGGAGUCGGAUUGGCGAGGUCACCUUCCGCUCAUGGGAAACAUUUACCAAUUCGCUGCAGUCACAAUUGCAGCGGACGUGGCUGCAGACUCUGAUACGGGCAUCAUACUUAGAAGAGAACGGCCGGCUAUUAGCGUGCCUGUUCCCUACAAAAGUUUGUCCCGGAGGACAGGAGGAGUGGUGUAUUUUAGGCCUGCACUGAAUGUAUAUCCCCGCGGACCCAUUCAAGACAGAGGGUGGACACUCCAGGAGGACCUCCUUUCUGCCCGCACUAUCUAUUUUGCUGCUGAUCAGCUUUUGUGGCAAUGCCAAACAGAAACAAAAAGUGAAGGUGAGAGAAGUGCACCAAACAAUCAAGAUGGCCGUGGUUAUUAUUGGGGUGCCCCUCUAAAGCAAUCCUUUCUGCUGCCUCCUGACCAAGCCGCUCGACUGGAGACUGAGAAUCUGCCAUUAGCAGCCAACCUUGGCUAUACUCCGUCUAGAAAAGCUCUAGAUCACUGGUAUCUGAUUGUGAAUGAGUAUGUCGAGAGGAGUCUCAGUGUGGAGCAAGAUAGAUUGCCUGCCUUGUUUGGAAUUGCUCAGCAAAUCGAGAAACGUACUGGAUAUCAUUAUAUAGCUGGACUGUGGAAAGAAUAUAUCCACGUAGGAUUACUGUGGACUUCAAACGGUGUUGGCCAAAAACGCGAGAAUAUCGAGUGUCCUUCCUGGAGCUGGGCAAGUGUUUUUGUCCCCAGACGCAGCAGAGUCAAUCUGCCGUACGAUGACUGCACUGGGCCACGCUCAAUGACGAAAGGAUUAAUCACGGCCUCCCCGGCCUCCAUCCACAGCAAAGCUUUGAUAAAGGCAAUCAAUCUUGAUGGAUCGCACGGUGAUGUCUACGGAUUGGUCAAAUCGGGAACAAUAACCAUCGAAGGAAAGUUUCAAACCGCAACCGAUUGGCUUUCUCGGCAUUCAAGACCAUUCAUCUAUAUGAAGGGUCAGCUGUUCGAUCUUAGCGAUUUGAUAAAAAGGAGACACUACGCAGAACCUAUGACGGACUCUCCACAUAUACUUUGUAAACUUGAUUACCAUGAGCAUUGGCCGGACGACUGGACCAGCAAGAACCAAGGAAAGUUCGAGGAGGACAUUUCAUUUCUUCAGAUAUAUCGUGUAUCGGGAUACAAAGACGACGAUCUUUACCCCGGGUUUUGGCCUGAAUACGAGAAGCUUGCUAUCGCAUACGCGUUAAUUUUGGAAUCCACUGGCAACGAAGGAGAAUAUAGACGACGGGGGAUGGCUGAGGUACCUUGUGAAGAGGGGAUGGCUGAUGAUGGAUGGGAUGAUCGAUUUGUUAGGAUUGUCUAGCAAUUUCCUACGUCUAAUGACAAUGAGUUGUACCCGGCAGAACAAAAAUGCUGUGACGUUGAACUGGGUUCUGGCCAUCAGCUCGAUCGAACGCAAGGCGCCUCCACUCUCGCUAAUUUCAGGGGCACAUGUAGAC